AUGUUCAUAUCAAAUUUCAAUGAAGUAUCACUUAACUCGAAUCAUCAAUCCAACAGCAACAAUAACAAUAAACGCGAUUUAUGUAAAUCAGAAAUAAUGCGUAAAUCAAGUCUUUCGUCAAUGGAAAUUGUUAACCCGGUGAAUAGAUUAUUGAUGAGACGAAUUGACGAUUCACCACCACCACCACCACCUACAACAAAAACAGCAACAACAACAACUAACAAUCCAUAUCAUUUUGAUCCAUUUUGUGAUUCAUCUAAUCAAUCGUUAUCUGAUGUUUCUGGUGGAGUUAAUCACCAUCAUCAUCUGCUUUCUUCUUCUUCUUCUUCUUUUUCCUCUUCUUCUGCUGCUUCGUCGUCGUCGUUGUCGGCUUCUUCGAUAACAUCUACUGCUACUAUAAAUUCUACUACUACGAAUAACGAAUCUAUGACAACAUCGUAUACAAAAUCAUCGAAUUAUCAUUUAAUAUCGAAAGGUGGUAGUUGCAGUGCAAUAACAGAUGAAUUAUUUAUCAAAUCUGAUCGAGCAUUUUUAGAUUUAUGUGCAAAUAAUCGAAUGGAAAACUCAUCAUCUUUAAAUCCUGGUGAUGCUGGUGGUAGCGGUAUUAACAAUAAUAGUCAUAAUAAUAAUAAUAAUACUUCAGUUAUUUCUUGUACACUGAACCUUCCUAACUCUACUACUGCUAACACUGCCUGCAGUUUAGGCAGUGAUGGUAGCAAUAUCAGCAGGAGCAAUAACGACGCCAUCAUUUCUAACAGCAAUAACAAUAGAAUGAAUUCCACUAAUCAAAUGAAAAAGACUAUAACAGCGAAUAUGUCAGUAUCUGAUACCUCCAAUGACAAUAAUAAUAAUAACAGUAAAAGUAAUGAGGCAGUGACGACCACCAGUAUAGGUCGAACCUCUGUCCAUCCACGAACAACGCUAAAAUGUCCAUUUUGUGAUAAGGUCUUCAGUAAUUCUAGUGCAAUAGCCAAGCAUAAAUUAACGCAUAGUGAGGAGCGUAAAUACAUUUGUACAAUAUGCCAUAAAGCAUUUAAACGUCAAGAUCAUUUAAAUGGUCAUAAAUACACACAUGAAAGUCGUAAACCGCACGCCUGUCAUUUUUGUGAUAAAUCGUAUAGUGAUUCACGUUCUUUAAGACGACAUUAUGAAAAUGCUCAUCCAGAAGAGAAUGAACGUUGGAUGUUAUUAUGUCAAGCAACUAAUGGGGAUACAAGUGCUAUAUCAGUUGCAGCUGCUGCUGCCGCCGCCGCAUUAUUAUCUUCCGCAGCAGCAACAUCAACAACAAAUUUAGAAACUGAUCCAUUACUUUUAUCAGAAUUAUCCAAUGUAGUAUCAUCUUCAACAACGACAACAGCUAGUGAUGAAGGUAGUUGUAACACUGCAUCUCCAUUAGCAUUGUUGAACGCUCUAAGUAAUACUACUAAUAAUAAUAAUAAUGCUUCCUCAUCUGCAUCAAUCUCUUCAUCAAGUGUAAAUAAAUUAAUUGAAUUAGGUCAACAAACUGGUCUUUCACCGGCUGCUUUAGUAGCCUUAGUCGCUUCAACUGGAUCUGCAUCUUCAAGUUUACAACGAUUGGAACGUUCAGCAUCCUCCUCCUCUUCUGUUGGUGGCAACAACAAUUCAACGAAACAAUCGAAAUUUGGCGGGAACAAUAAUAGUAGUAGUAGUAGUAGUGGUAAAAAUAUACGGUCAGAUCAGUCGAUGCUAAAUUCACCUACAAAUUCACCGCAUUCACGUGUCUCAAUUAACGAUGAUAACAAUAAUACCAAUAAUAAUAAUAAUAACAAUAUGGAUAUUUCAGAUAAUGAUGAAGUGAUUGUUACCGAUGAAUAUGAUUUAUCCAAUCAGAAAGCGACUACUACAAUGAUGCCGAUGACAACGACAAUGACAACGGCCACAGCCACAGCGGCAGUUGCAGCUGCAGCAGCACUACUCAGCGGUAGUAGUAGUAGUAGUAAUAAUAAUAAUAACACUACAAAUAAUAAUAAUAAUCAUAAUUCCAAUCAUCUUGUUAAAAUUAAUAAUUUCACAUUGAAUCCAAUUGAAGUAGCCAAUGCAGCUAAGGUGGCGCUGUUAAUGGCGCAUCCAUUAGAAGAACCAAAACGUGUUGCUUGUGCUGUUUGUCAAAAACGCUUUAAAAAUCAAUCUGCUUUAAAUGGACAUAUGCGUUUACACGGAGGUUAUGGUCCAGCUGGUUUAAGCGGUGCAUUGUCAACAGCGACGACGCAGACGCAGACGCCGACGACAACAACAACAACGACAACAUGUAGCAAUGGGAGUAACAGCAGUUCAGCGGCAGUUGUAUCAUCACAAUCCAAUCUAUUUUUUAAUAGUAGUAGUAGUAGUAGUAGUAGUAAAAGUAGUAAAUGUAGGAUCACAGAUCCUGAUUCACACCCAAUAACCUGUGAUAAUGGUAACACUCUUAAUACAUCAACUAGUACUGCUAGUACAACGAAUACUAAUAAUAAUCACAACACCGCUUCGAACACGUUGAAAGCAUUCAAGUUACAGUCAAAUACACCUAUGGUUUUUCAAACCAGUUUUGAAUCAAUCUCAUCAUCGGGUAAUUCUUCUUCUCCACCUUGUCAUCCUGUUGUUACUACCGCUACUGGAGGCGGUGGUUUAGCACUUUCUGUAAGUUUAUCAAAAGUACCACCAUCAACAACAACAACAACAUCAAGGAGUUAUAACAGCGAUAGUUUGUCUAAUCCCAUAUUUAACCCAAUUCAUUCCACUAGUCAAAGACAGCGAAAUACCUGGUCAUAUUCAACUGGUAAUAAACAGGCUUUAGAUCCAUUGUUUAACAAUACAGCAUUACAGCAUCAUAAUAAUAGUAGUGAUGGCAACAACAACAACAGCAGUCAUAACAUUGACGAUGAGGAUGGUGAUGCUAAUGACGAUGCAAUAAAUCGGCAACAUAAAUCACAAUUUUCAUUUACAAAUCAUCAAAUCAAUAAUUUAUCCAAUGAAACUCAACAACCUCUGCCUUCAAUACAUGAUAGUUGGUUAUCACAGCAUUUUAAUUCAUCUAUGCAAUCGAUUCAUUCUACUUUGAAUCCUCCUACUCAUCACCAACAUCAACACCAACAACAACAACAGCCACAAGUACAACACAGUCAUAUUAAUUUAUCCCAAUUUGAUGAUAUUGUUGAUAUUACUAUGAAAAAGGAUGAUAAUAAUAAUCAUAAUGAUAGUAAUAUGAGUAAACAUAAUUAUAACAGUCUACCAUCUCGACAUCAUACUUUAUUAGAUGAAUCUAUGCUGAAAUACAAUUCGUGUUUUUCGUCUUUAUAUUCAUCUACAACAAUGACGAUAAAUAAUAAUGCUAUGUCGGUUGCCUCGUCUACACCAACAUCGUCUGACAGUAAUAAUAAUAAUACACUGACCAGUUCUGCUGCUGCUGCUGCCGCCGCCGCCGCUACUAAUACUGCCACUACUUCUGCGACAACAUCAUCUCAUUGUGAUCAAUAUCCUACAGUGGUUACACCGCCACCAACAUCAUCCGCAUCAUUAUCAUUAUCAUCAAUCUUAUUAGAUAAACAGGAUAUGCCAUCAUUAAGAAAUACUAGUUUAGCAUCGAUUCAAUGUCUAUCCAAUCGAUUUAUUGAUUCACAAAAAUCAGAGCUACUCGGUGCAAUGGAUAAUGAUAAUCAUGAUGAUUGGUGGCAUUCAGAGGUGGUAGUGAAUUCUACUUGUCCAAUGAAUACAAACUCGCUUGACGAUAUAAUGAUGUCAUCAAACAAUAAUAGUAAUAAUAAUAAUAAUAAUAAGAUAAUGACAAAUUUUCAAUUGAUAAAUCCUUCUGAUCAUCAGAAAAAUAUGCUGUCGAUUCCUCCAAAUAUUCACCUGGCAUCACGACUGAAAUCAGAUAAUAAUCAAUGUCAUAUUCCACCGGUUACAUCGACUUUAUCAUCCCCAUUUCUACUAAAUCAAUUGUCAGUAUCAUCGUCGCCAGUGUUGUCUUUAUCCUCUUCAACGAUAUCGUCGUCCUCAUCAUCAUCAUCCUCUUGGUCAACAACACAACGUGGACAAACAAAAUCUGGUUUCAGACGUCCAAUACCACAACCGUUACAAUUAGUCAAUGAGAUUAAUUAUCAACCACAACUUGGUCUUAGUAGUCAAUAUUCACCGAUUACACCAGCACCGAUGAAUAUGUCAAUGCAUACAAUGACGAUGAUGACAGACGAUGAGACGACGACGACGACGAAGACGACUACAUCAUCAACGAUAACAACAACAACAGCAUUGACGAAAUCGCUGACAACAACAGCGACGUCGACGACUAAUACUACUAUGAAUUUUGAAUGUAAUCUUUUCCAAAAUAUCCAGAAUAAUGAAGGAUAUCAUCAUCGAGUUGAUAAUGUAGUUGUCGAAGAGCGUAAUGAUACCAACAAGUUUUCAAUGUGUUGUUUUGAUACUAAUCGGUUAGAUUUAUCACAAUUUCAAGAUUCUUUAUUAUUCAAUUCAAUCUAUAGUAAUAACAAUAAUAAUAGUAAUAGUAAUGUCAGUGUAUCUACUACUGUUCCUGCUCAUAUUAAUAAUCCUGGUGGUAUUAACACUUGUAAGGCAUCCUCCUCCUCCGCCACUUGUGUCGGUGCACAGGAUAAAACUAUAGACAACAAUAAUAAUAAUAAUAUUAUAAAUAUGAAUAAUAUAAUGUUUAUAAAGCCUAAUAAUAGCACUACUUAUAAUGAUACUGAUAAUAACAAUUGUAAUUUAUCCUAUACUGUGAGUGAUCGUUUAAUGAAUUUAUCACAGAAAAGAACAAGCGUUAGUAAUAAUAAUAAUAAUAAUACUUUACUAAGAUUUCACCACCAUCAACAGCAACACCAACAACAGAUGUCUGCUCCUGCUCCACUGUCGUCUUCUCAUCACCCUCAUCAUCAACAACAAUCUCAACAGCAACACGAAGUCCAGAGUGGUAAUAACAUUAUCUGUGAUGAAGAACAAGGUGAUUGUUCAACGUGUUGUUGUCGGCCUACAUCAUUUAGUUUUAUAAAUUCAUUUGAUGAAUGCACUACACAGCAACAACAACAACCAGCACUUCUUCGUCAAAAUCAGCAAACAGAUCGUCAACUACUUUAUCAUAGGCAACAGUUGCAUAAUCAUUCACAGAAUCAACAACAUCAACAAAAUGUAUGUUCUAAUAUUUCUACAAUGCAGAGUUUACAAUCAAGCAACAACAAUUCAACGAAACAAUCGAAAUUUGGCGGGAACAAUAAUAGUAGUAGUAGUAGUAGUGGUAAAAAUAUACGGUCAGAUCAGUCGAUGCUAAAUUCACCUACAAAUUCACCGCAUUCACGUGUCUCAAUUAACGAUGAUAACAAUAAUACCAAUAAUAAUAAUAAUAACAAUAUGGAUAUUUCAGAUAAUGAUGAAGUGAUUGUUACCGAUGAAUAUGAUUUAUCCAAUCAGAAAGCGACUACUACAAUGAUGCCGAUGACAACGACAAUGACAACGGCCACAGCCACAGCGGCAGUUGCAGCUGCAGCAGCACUACUCAGCGGUAGUAGUAGUAGUAGUAAUAAUAAUAAUAACACUACAAAUAAUAAUAAUAAUCAUAAUUCCAAUCAUCUUGUUAAAAUUAAUAAUUUCACAUUGAAUCCAAUUGAAGUAGCCAAUGCAGCUAAGGUGGCGCUGUUAAUGGCGCAUCCAUUAGAAGAACCAAAACGUGUUGCUUGUGCUGUUUGUCAAAAACGCUUUAAAAAUCAAUCUGCUUUAAAUGGACAUAUGCGUUUACACGGAGGUUAUGGUCCAGCUGGUUUAAGCGGUGCAUUGUCAACAGCGACGACUCAGACGCCGACGACAACAACAACAACAACAACGACAACAUGUAGCAGUGGGAGUAACAGCAGUUCAGCGGCAGUUGUAUCAUCACAAUCCAAUCUAUUUUUUAAUAGUAGUAGUAGUAGUAGUAGUAGUAAAAGUAGUAAAUGUAGGAUCACAGAUCCUGAUUCACACCCAAUAACCUGUGAUAAUGGUAACACUCUUAAUACAUCAACUAGUACUGCUAGUACAACGAAUACUAAUAAUAAUCACAACACCGCUUCGAACACGUUGAAAGCAUUCAAGUUACAGUCAAAUACACCUAUGGUUUUUCAAACCAGUUUUGAAUCAAUCUCAUCAUCGGGUAAUUCUUCUUCUCCACCUUGUCAUCCUGUUGUUACUACCGCUACUGGAGGCGGUGGUUUAGCACUUUCUGUAAGUUUAUCAAAAGUACCACCAUCAACAACAACAACAACAUCAAGGAGUUAUAACAGCGAUAGUUUGUCUAAUCCCAUAUUUAACCCAAUUCAUUCCACUAGUCAAAGACAGCGAAAUACCUGGUCAUAUUCAACUGGUAAUAAACAGGCUUUAGAUCCAUUGUUUAACAAUACAGCAUUACAGCAUCAUAAUAAUAGUAGUGAUGGCAACAACAACAACAACCAUAACAUUGACGAUGAGGAUGGUGAUGCUAAUGACGAUGCAAUAAAUCGGCAACAUAAAUCACAAUUUUCAUUUACAAAUCAUCAAAUCAAUAAUUUAUCCAAUGAAACUCAACAACCUCUGCCUUCAAUACAUGAUAAUGAAUCUAUGCUGAAAUACAAUUCGUGUUUUUCGUCUUUAUAUUCAUCUACAACAAUGACGAUAAAUAAUAAUGCUAUGUCGGUUGCCUCGUCUACACCAACAUCGUCUGACAGUAAUAAUAAUACACUGACCAGUUCUGCUGCUGCUGCCGCCGCCGCUACUAAUACUGCCACUACUUCUGCGACAACAUCAUCUCAUUGUGAUCAAUAUCCUACAGUGGUUACACCGCCACCAACAUCAUCCGCAUCAUUAUCAUUAUCAUCAAUCUUAUUAGAUAAACAGGAUAUGCCAUCAUUAAGAAAUACUAGUUUAGCAUCGAUUCAAUGUCUAUCCAAUCGAUUUAUUGAUUCACAAAAAUCAGAGCUACUCGGUGCAAUAGAUAAUGAUAAUGAUAAUCAUGAUUGGUGGCAUUCAGAGGUGGUAGUGAAUUCUACUUGUCCAAUGAAUACAAACUCGCUUGACGAUAUAAUGAUGUCAUCAAACAAUAAUAGUAAUAAUAAUAAUAAGAUAAUGACAAAUUUUCAAUUGAUAAAUCCUUCUGAUCAUCAGAAAAAUAUGCUGUCGAUUCCUCCAAAUAUUCACCUGGCAUCACGACUGAAAUCAGAUAAUAAUCAAUGUCAUAUUCCACCGGUUACAUCGACUUUAUCAUCCCCAUUUCUACUAAAUCAAUUGUCAGUAUCAUCGUCGCCAGUGUUGUCUUUAUCCUCUUCAACGAUAUCGUCGUCCUCAUCAUCAUCAUCCUCUUGGUCAACAACACAACGUGGACAAACAAAAUCUGGUUUCAGACGUCCAAUACCACAACCGUUACAAUUAGUCAAUGAGAUUAAUUAUCAACCACAACUUGGUCUUAGUAGUCAAUAUUCACCGAUUACACCAGCACCGAUGAAUAUGUCAAUGCAUACAAUGACGAUGAUGACAGACGAUGAGACGACGACGACGACGAAGACGACUACAUCAUCAACGAUAACAACAACAACAGCAUUGACGAAAUCGCUGACAACAACAGCGACGUCGACGACUAAUACUACUAUGAAUUUUGAAUGUAAUCUUUUCCAAAAUAUCCAGAAUAAUGAAGGAUAUCAUCAUCGAGUUGAUAAUGUAGUUGUCGAAGAGCGUAAUGAUACCAACAAGUUUUCAAUGUGUUGUUUUGAUACUAAUCGGUUAGAUUUAUCACAAUUUCAAGAUUCUUUAUUAUUCAAUUCAAUCUAUAGUAAUAACAAUAAUAAUAGUAAUAGUAAUGUCAGUGUAUCUACUACUGUUCCUGCUCAUAUUAAUAAUCCUGGUGGUAUUAACACUUGUAAGGCAUCCUCCUCCUCCGCCACUUGUGUCGGUGCACAGGAUAAAACUAUAGACAACAAUAAUAAUAAUAAUAUUAUAAAUAUGAAUAAUAUAAUGUUUAUAAAGCCUAAUAAUAGCACUACUUAUAAUGAUACUGAUAAUAACAAUUGUAAUUUAUCCUAUACUGUGAGUGAUCGUUUAAUGAAUUUAUCACAGAAAAGAACAAGCGUUAGUAAUAAUAAUAAUAAUAAUACUUUACUAAGAUUUCACCACCAUCAACAGCAACACCAACAACAGAUGUCUGCUCCUGCUCCACUGUCGUCUUCUCAUCACCCUCAUCAUCAACAACAAUCUCAACAGCAACACGAAGUCCAGAGUGGUAAUAACAUUAUCUGUGAUGAAGAACAAGGUGAUUGUUCAACGUGUUGUUGUCGGCCUACAUCAUUUAGUUUUAUAAAUUCAUUUGAUGAAUGCACUACACAGCAACAACAACAACCAGCACUUCUUCGUCAAAAUCAGCAAACAGAUCGUCAACUACUUUAUCAUAGGCAACAGUUGCAUAAUCAUUCACAGAAUCAACAACAUCAACAAAAUGUAUGUUCUAAUAUUUCUACAAUGCAGAGUUUACAAUCAAAUAUCCCAUCGGGUGGUUUAUCCUAUCAGCAUGAUCAUCGUCAACAUCACGAUCAAGGCAGUAAUAGUCGUUUGAACAGUUAUGAUAAUAACAAUAACAGUAACAAUUGUAAUAAUUUAAAUUCUCGUCGAAUAUCCGAAUCAAUAUUACACGCCUGCUCACAAUAUUCACAUCAUCAUCAGUCUACAAGUUUAAAUCCCUUAGCAAGUAUGAAUUUUAUGCAUCAUUCAAUGAGUCGAUUCAAUGUACCUUCAAUGCCCAACAACAUCAACACCACUACCAACAACAACAAGAACAUGAUAACACCUUCCACGUGUUGUACAACAUCAUUACUAAGUCAAAAUUGUUGUCCUCUUAUGAAUACGACACUAGCGCCAUCAUCAUGUGCUUCUUCGAUGACUAUAUCAUCUUCAAUGACAUCAUCAUCAUCAUCAAGUUUCAUUCAUUCAUCAAUAGGUAAAAAUAAUUUCAACAAUACUGUUAACAGUAUAUCAACUUCUAAUUUUAGUAAUAAUCAUGAUUCAAUAAAUACAAAUAACUUCCUCAAUUUAACUUCGAAUCGAUUAAAUUACAAACCAUCAUCAUUAUCUCCACUAUCACUAUUACAAAGACACCAGCAGCAGCAGCAGCAGCAACAACAACAACAACAGGACAACGAUGAACAUCUUCAUUCUCAUCGUCAGCAUCGUGAUCAACAUCAUCACCAUCAUCAUCAAAUUCAACAACCAACAAUCUAUCAUCAAAUGGUAUCAUCAAAUCGUGCAGUCGAAUCGUGUUCAGACAGAGUUGAAACGGGGCACUUCUUUAAUGGAUCCGAGAUAAUGUUGAGUAGUAGUAAUAAUAAUAAUAGAGUAGGUGAUGAUGGGAGUGCUAUGUCUAAUCAGCAACAUCGUUAUCAAACACCUAACCUUAAUAAUAAUAAUAUUUAUCCUAAUAGUCAUCAUCAGUAUAAGAGUUUCUUUACAAGUCAUGACCAACAAUCUGAUUCAUGUGGAAAACACUCCACCUGUCGAAAUCAAUUCUGUUCAUUAUGCAUGGAACCGGAGAGAAAACGGCAUAUUUCAGCUCCAGUUGCUGCUGCUAAUAAUAAUAUUUCAUCGUUAUCAUCUCAAGCGUCGUUUUUGUUGUCAGCAUCAGUAACAACUUCUUCUUCUUCCUCCUCCUCCUCGAUAUCCUCAUUAUCAUUACCGUUCUCAUCAUCAACAUUUCCGGGGAAUUUAUCUACUAUGACGAAACAUUCAGUGAUGCCGGGUUAUAGAAAUGAAGUGACAGAGAAAUCAUGCUUCUGUUUACAGGAAUGCCGUAAUUACCAUCAACACCAACACCACCACCAUCAUCAUCCUCCUGCUCCUCAUCACCUGCACAAUCGUAGUCAUCAUCAUCACCAGCAGCAGCAACAACAACAACAACAGACACAGUCUAACCGUUGUUGCAGUGUAUUGUCUUCUGACGAGCCAAUGGCAACAACUUCUAUUGAACAACCAUCAAGUGAUACUGUUGCAGAAAUGUUAAUGCAAAGUCAUAUUACUGAUCCAGGUGGAUUACCGUUAACCUGUGAAUUGAAUAAUCCGUGUUCUACAAUACCACAAAAUUCUACACCUUCAGGAUGUUUAUCAACAACAAGAAGUCUACCGCCGGCAAGUAGUGAUCAAUCCAUAGCUAUUGAGGGUGAUAAUACUAUCGAUAAUAAUAAUAGUAUGGUGAAUACUCCUGCUACAAUUAAUGAUGAUAAUAAUAGUAGUAAAAAUGAUGAACAUACUGCAUACAGAGGCAUCAAUUUUAUGCAUAAUAAAUCGAAUAUAUUUUCAUGUGAUAGAAUGCCUGUAUCGCAGUCAUUAUUACAAUCAACUUCCUUGUCAUCAGGACUACCGGGUACACAGAUGAUGGUUCAGACACUACACCACCAAUAUCACCACCAUCAUAACCAACAACAACAACAACAACAGCAGCAAGGACAACGACAACAAUCACCGCCUUUUCAUACCUUUACUGAAUCAAACUUAACACGAGAGUUGUCUUCAUUUCGUUCAAAAGGAACAGUUGACUUAACAGCAACUAUGGAUAUGGAACAACCACAACACCACCAACAACAGCAACAGCAACAAUCAGAACGACAACCAUUUUCUCAGUCACUAAUAUAUCAAUAUAAUCAACACCACCAUCAUUAUUAUCUUCAUCAACAACAACACCAACAACAACAAAAUCAGAAAUUGCCGGUUAGUUUAAAUUUACCGAUUGCUACGACUUGUUCUGCUGCUGUUGGUGUUGCCGCUGCUACCACUAUUACCAUUACGAAGACGAUGGAAACGGCGACGGCAGCGUCAACGACAACUACAUCAUGUUCAUCAUUGUCAUCGAGUUUAAAUCAAUUUGACUUGUUGGAUUUGUCUGUAGUGUCAAGUGUACACAAACCUGAUAAACACGGGGAGAUUAUUAGUCAUGAUAAUGCUGCUGUGAAUUUAAAAAAUACAAUUACAGUGGAUAGUAUCACUUGUAUUGAUGAUGACGAUAAUAAUAAUAAUAAUAAUAGUAAUGCUAAUAAUACAGGUAAAUGUACAUCGGAAUCAGACGAUUAUGCUGAUAGUCAGUUAUCAGUUGCAGCAAAAUUAUCAAAGUCGCUUGCUGCAGAUAAUCUCUUCCGUAAUCCUAAGGCAUUACCUCCACCGAAAAAAAUGAAAAGUAAACCAGCGCCUAUAUCAAUUCCUCCACAAACUGGUGCAAAUUUAUCACGAUUACGUUCACCGCGUGUAUGGAGUUCGAAACAUAACUCGAUAGAUUCAAGUCCUCCACCGUAUACACCACCUCCAAUGCUUAGUCCAAAUCGUCAAGGUUCUGGUUUAUUUGCUUCACUGUCAAAAUGGUCAACUACACCCACGUCAACAAGUACAGGCAGUACAGGUAGUAGUUCUCUACGUUCACAUAAUUAUCCUGGUGCUACACUAGUUAAUCGUCGUUACUCGAGUUAUUAUUAUCCUUACCAUCAUCAUCAGUAUAAUUCAACUAAUGUUGUAUCCAGUAGUGUAACAUCAUUAUCGAGUAGUACUGUUCUUCAUAAUGAUGAUUUGGAUAGUAGUAGUCAUAAUACUACCAGUGGUCAGUUGAAACGUCGUCAUGCAAGUAGUAGUGGAGGAGGAGGUGGCAGUACUAUUCAUAGUAAUAAUGAUGGCAGUUAUAGCAGUAAUACAAGUGGAAUUGGCGCUUCAAAUCAAAGUAUUAACAUCAUGGAUCCUAAUUAUAACAAUAGCAAUAAUAACUAUAAUAGCAAUUUUAUUAAUAAUACUGAUACAUGUAUGCGAGAUAUCAAUCGACCCAUAGCGUAUACACGUAGACGACGUCAACAAUUAACGCCUAAAUCUGCACCUGUAUUGUUUCUCAAUACAUGUACAAAUAAAAAUCAGACAAAUCAAUCCAAAGAUCAAUUUGAUGAUAAUGAAGAUAAUACUAUGAAUGAAACACAACAACAACAACCAACAUUUUCUAGUACUGAUACUAUAUUCGGUUAUGAUGAUGAAACAAUGCGUCGAUUCGCUGAAGCUGAUGCUGUUCACGAAGCCUAUCGAUUAAGUCGACAAAAACAACGUCGAAGUAAUUAUUCCUCACGUCGUCAUAAUUAUAAUUCAGAAUCUAAUCUUAUCUUAAAUGAUCAUCAUAAUGAUAUUAUCAAUGAAAAGAAUAAAACUGAUCAAAGUUUUAAUUUUACUGAUGAACAAUUAUUAAAUUUUGAUUUUGAAAUGAAAACUUGUGGUGAAACGGAUUACUCUGAAACAACUAUGCAAUUUAAUGAAGAUGCUGUUGAAUUUGGUUCAGCAGGUGAUGAAAUGGACGAUGAUGAUGAUGAUGAAGAGAUCGAUGAAGAUGACGAUGAUGAUGAUGAAGGUGUACCGACCAGUAUUAUCCCACAUAUUAAUAUUGGUAAUGCUUAUCAAGCAGUGAUUCCUGAUUUGUGUCAAGAGUCAGCAACAGCCACAGCAGAGAGUAAAGAUUCAUCAGAAUGGGAAACAUUACUAUGGUAUCCAGAUAAUCUUGAUGAAGACGAUCCUAAAAAUAUUGAAUCAUUAAAUCUACUCAUGAAAAUUGCCUGUUCCCCGGCUGUUCGUAAUUGUGGCUUGAAUAUGGAGUAUACAUUUCAUUUGUUGUGUAAAUAUAAAGGUGAUUUAGAGAUGACUCUGCAUGCUUUACUUCGGGAUACACUAGUGGUUUAUGAUUAUGUUUAUGCUGAGACGACAGCAUGGACAACUGAAGAAAUUGUCCGUUUUCAACAAGGUUUAGCUGUGCACGGAAGAGAUUUCCACCAGGUGGCUAAAGAUUUACAAGCGGCUGGAAUGAAUAAAACUGUUAAAGCUUGUGUCGAAUUCUAUUAUGUCUGGAAAAGGAUGAAUACACCAUCGGAUGUUAAAUGGUAUCGAGAUCGUGCUCGUCGUCAACGUCCACCUACGCGUAUUGAACCGAUCAUCACUGAAGAAUCAUUAUCAGAACAAUUUGAAGCAAUUGAACAACAGUGUAAUGCAUAUACAGAUUUGAAUACAAUUCAAACAGCAGAAAAUAAUUUAGCUAAUGUGCCUUACAAUCUACGUCGUAAACAUGCUGCUAAUACUACUAACACUACUGCUACGACGGCUACUGCGAAUAAUCAUAAUAAUACGACUACAGGUGCUAAUAAUAAUAAUGAUAAUCUUGUUAGUGCUACUGCAACACAACGCCAACAAUCGUCUUUACCUAUCGAAGUUCCACCUCCACCGCCUUUCCGUCUUUCACCACCACCUCCACCGGCACCAAUUUCAUCGAAUACAAGAUCGAAUGAAUUGAAUACUAUUCAUCACGAUGAUGAAAACUCCUUAGAAAAUUCUUAUGAUGAUUUUAUGGAUAUUGUGUUCAAUGAGUCUUUUCCCAUUUCAUCAGAAUAG